GCUAAACCCCUACUAAAUCAAACCGAUAGCAAUGGCGCGGAGAAAACCGAUUACUGCCAAAAAACCGGCGGAGAAGGAUGGGAAGCCGGCGGGGAAGCGGCAGAGCAACGCCGAACGGUCGGCUUACUUCGCCCGGAGAGAAGCCGCUAAGGUGUUGCGCAGCACGCUCCAGGGCGAUGCUCGGCGGCGAGCCAUUGGCUCAAUUAAAUCGCUCGUUUACGGCCCCUCCGUUAGGAACAAGAAGGCUACAUUUGCUCUGGUUUGCGAAACUCUCAAACAUCUAUCAGUUAUUAAGGAGGUUAUGGAAGAGGCAAAUGUUGUAAGUUCCAAAUGGAAGAAGCAGAACGAGCUAUUGUAUAUCAUCGCAUAUGAUCUACUUUUUGGACAGCAAGAUCUAUUAACUGGUGACGCCGAGAAGCAUCUAAUGUCAAAAAAGGAUGCAUUGCAAUCAGCUCUAUCACGGAUUUUGAGGCGCAAGGGACUGAAAAAUGUAGCAGACUUGAUGGCUCUUGAUAAAACGUCUGAACUACAGAAACCUCGUUAUGUUCGAGUUAAUACUUUAAAGAACGACACUGAAUCUGUCAUAAGCGAAUUAAGAAAACAAUAUGUGGUCCAAGAGGAUGACACAGUCCCAGAUUUACUGAUCCUCCCACCAGGUGCUGAUUUACACAAUCAUCCUCUAGUAAAAAAUGGAAGUGUUUUUCUGCAGGGUAAAGGAAGCUCCAUGCCUGCCGUAGCCCUUGAUCCUAAACCCGGUUGGGAGGUUAUCGAUGCUUGUGCAGCUCCUGGGAACAAAACCGUCCACCUUGCUGCUCUCAUGAAGGGCAAGGGUAAGAUCAUCGCUUGCGAACUCAACAAAGAAAGAGUCGAGCGCUUGAAGAAUAAUGUCAAACUCUCUGGCGCAACAAAUGUGAAAGUUAAGCAUGAAGACUUCUUAAACCUUGAUCCUACUGAUCCCUCACAUUCCAAGAUUCGAGCUAUACUUUUGGAUCCAUCAUGCUCUGGAUCUGGGACUGCUCUUGACAGAUUAGAUCAUCUACUUCCAUCGCAUAAUGCAGACGGGUCUGGUAAUGCUGACACAACGCGGCUGCGCAAACUUGCCGCUUUCCAGAAGAGGGUCCUCGAGCAAGCGUUGUCUUUCCCAGCAGUGGAGAGAAUCGUUUACAGCACAUGUUCAAUACAUCAAAUUGAAAACGAAGAUGUUGUCAACUCUGUUCUGCCUCUCGCAUCAUCUCAUGGCUUCAAUCUCGAGACGCCCUUCCCUCAGUGGCCUCGUCGCGGUCUCCCCACGCUUGAUGGCUCUGAACACUUGCUGCGAACGGAUCUUGUAGAAGAUAAAGAAGGGUUUUUCGUUGCUUUAUUUGUUAGGAGAGAGAAUUUUGAAGAUCGUCGUCGGAAGAAGCAGCGCACAACUCAAAAAAGGAAACCUCUCAACUUCUUUGUUGCUAGACUUCUUAAACUGGUUUAAUUUUUCCUCAAAAUUUUAAUACUAGGAGUAGUAUUUAUUUUUCUAUUUUAUAAUAUUAGCAUUUAUUUUUCACAUU